AUGUCUCCUCCAGUUCCUCCUGAACUGUUAACAGAUGAUGUGAGCCUUUUGAUGGUAUUGAUCGACACGAACCCCUACUUCUGGAGUUCAAUCAAACAGAGUUUCCCUUUCUCGAAAUUCCUCUCCGACGUUUUGGCAUUUUUGAAUGCAACCCUGUUGUUGAACCAGCUGAAUCAGGUGGUUGUAAUUGCUACUGGUUAUAAUUCAUGUGGCUAUGUGUUUGACUCGGCUGGCUUGGUAAAUGCCCGGGCUGAGAGUUGUUUGCCUGAAUUGGAGAAAUUUCUGAAGAAUGAUGCGUCAAUGAGUACUGAAGAUACUGUGAAUGGGGUUGGCCAUUCGCUUCUUUCUGGUUCUCUUUCGAUGGCAUUAUGCUAUAUUCAGAGGAUAUUUCGAUCAGGAGCUGGUCAUCCACAACCUCGGAUACUAUGCCUGCAUGGGUCUCCUGAUGGACCUGGACAAUAUGUUGCAGUAAUGAAUGCAAUUUUCUCAGCUCAACGUUCAAUGGUGCCAAUUGACUCUUGUGUUAUAGGAGCACAACAUUCUGCUUUUCUUCAGCAGGCAUCUCAUAUAACAGGAGGUGUAUAUCUGAAGCCACAGCUGCUAGAAGGACUUCUUCAGAAUCUCUUGACAGUGUAUGCAACUGAUAUGCAUUCUCGUAAUUUUAUCCAGCUGCCAAAGCCUCUUGGAGUGGAUUUUCGAGCGUCGUAAGUAGCUUUUGAGUGUUGUUUAUUAUUUGGCUCUCCAUAAAUGUAAAUAAAUCAUUAGUUUUCUGUACCUUUGACAGCAAGCUUAGCACUUCAGUUACACAACCACUUCUUUUAACUUUCCGAUACAUGUUAUAAAUACUGCAAAAUUGCUGUUAGAAGUUCCAUCCAGCCAGGAAUGAUAUUAACAGCUGAAAGGGGGACUAGACAUAAUUUUAUUUUACUGCUUCAGAAAAUUAGCUAGUUUUUGCAACGUUUAGCGCAUUUUAAGUGUUAUGUGUUGAGAAUGCUGGAGCAUGCAAAUGCCUUAAACUGGUUGUCAGAGCUGGUAACUUGAUUCCCAUUACCAGCUCCAUUUCUACCUUUACACACUGAGUGUUAAAGUGGUAUAUGAUAUUAUGUAAAAGUUGAUUAUAAAGACAAGUACCAAAGUGGAGCUUUGGAUGCGUGAAUCUAGAGGAUGUACAUCUUCUAACAGUUGAAUGUGAUCAUAAAAAUGUUAGUGUUGUGUAUCUUCAGUGAUAUUAAGAGAAACAUUAGAAGCCUCCUAUUUAAGAAGUGAUAACACUUGCAUUCCAUUCAAAUCAGACUCUUAUCGCCUGGGCCUAGAAUCAUUUUAUUUAGUCUUCUAUUCAUUCGUCCAUUGCACUUAGGUAAUAUGGCUUAGCAUUGUUUUUAAGUUUGCACACAUUGCUACUUUUAGUUAUUGAUGGACUGUUUAUCAACUUACAGGUGUUUUUGCCACAAAAAUACAAUCGACAUGGGUUUUAUAUGCUCUGUUUGCUUAUCCAUAUUCUGUGGGAAUCAAAAGAAAUGUUCAACCUGUGGGUGAGUACCACUUUCUACUUAUUAUUCUAGAUUCAAAUUUGAAUCACGCUGUUUCUUUAGUAUUGGAACUGUAUCAUCUAUCUCAGUUGAAGUCCGUAGAGGAUUUUCUUUUGGUUUCUUUAUUUCUUUCAUCUUCUGCUUGAGAUGACUUGAAGGAGAAUAUAGGAAGUCUUAGAAUACAAAUAUAAUGAAAGAUAUCGUCAAUUAAUAGACUGUGUGGGGAUGUCUGGAUUGUACUCACUCUGUAGAUCUAUACUUUGCAUGAUGGCUCCAUAUAACCAAGCCCACUUUGCAUGAUGUCACCUAUAGUGCUGCUACUGUACACUCAGCUUAAUUGCCAUGGUUUUGUUCAAUCCACAGGUCAACUUUUGGUCAGCCACAAAAACAGACUCCCUCGGCAUCAUAGCGAAACAAUCGAACUUCAGGAGACGAUUGAA